AUGUUGAUCUCCUUCGCGAAAGAGUUGAUUAACAUCGCACUUCAAGUCAAGCAUCAAUUGAGUCGACCCCACAGUGGUCUUGAGAACCGUUUAGCAGUGCCAUUCCCUCCUCCGGACCCCAAGUACAGCGUCAUGGAUAUCACGUGGGCCGUCGAGUCCAUCCCUGGCAACGCGACGUCCACCGUCCUUGUCAACGGCACCGUCCAGGAAGUCUACAAGCGGCUCACCGAAAUCAAUCCCGACUACGACGAUCUCCUGCACGAGUAUGAGUCCUCCAAAGCCACUACGGCCCUCCCAGACUCCUCCCCCUCCUUCGAUUCGAUGGCCGACGUCCCGAGCAACUGCGGCUACUGCAACGUCUGCACCAAGCGGUGGGAGCCCGCCGCGUACAUGAUAAUCCUCGACGGCAUCAGUUACCUCAACAGCCUCGAGGGCAAACCCGCCAUCCCACCCGGUCCCGGAUUCUGCAGCAGGGUGAGCUGCGAGUACGGCGCGUCCAUCUGGUGGUGCAAUGACAACGACGAGCGGAAGGAGUUGCACUCGUGGUCUGAGCUCACCACGGCUGCGGUGGACAUCACGCGCCAGUGUUUCUGGACCAUCAGGGAUAAAUCACUUGUGACUGGUGGCCAGAUCUUCCAGCCGGGUGGGUGGAACGUCGUCAUCCGGCACGAUGGUAGUAAGGGCUGUUGA